UCUCUCAUUCACAAAACCAGUAGUAAUUCGAAAACAACCAGUUUGUUCUUCUUUUUGUUUUGAAAUUUUGUGACAAAAGAAAAGCUUAAAAAACUAAAUACAUCAUGAAAUACUUGGGAGUAAUGGCAUUCAUUGCAGUAACUGCAACACUUUUGGCCGUCUCAGAGGGUACCAAUUCAACUUGGGGUGUUGUUGGUCCCAGAGAUAUCCUGCUGCAUCGUGAAAUCGUUUCAUUAGAUUGGAAACUGUUCCGUGUUGUAACUCGUGAUGUAGAAUUCUAUCCAAGAAAUACUACCCGCACCAUUACCGCUGUUAAAGCUUUUGACAUCACCAAAGGCAGCUCUGGCAACGCAUUGUUGAAACGCGGAGGACCUGGCUUCCGUAAUGCUACAAUUCACCUUAAGUCUCAACGUGGUCGCAGCUUGCAUAUGGCCGUUGAAAUUAUUGGCCAUUAAUUCAACUGGAUUUUGAAAAUUUGAAUAAAAAAAACUUAAAACUGAA